AAAAAAAAAAAAAAACACUAACGCUUCCGGACCCCACUAACCAGAUCCCGAUGAGUCACUAGUAUAUGUAUGGUACGUACAUACUUAGUCCGAUUUCGGGAGCGAAUCUUGGUAUAUUGCGAAAUUCGACGCCCUUGAACAUCCAGUUUUCUCAUCUUUCUUUCCACGCUCCAUUCAGCUUCAUACAGAGGAGCAACGACGAGUUGGCCAUGGCAGCCCAAGACGAAUUGGAUCUCAAUGCUUCACAGAACGUGAACAUGUCUAACUCUCCAUCGACCUCAUUCCAAACUCCGCCGUCUAGUCAUGGGGCGUCUGCCUUACCAGCCCGCACAAUCAUCCCCCUGGCCAACGCAAAACACUUGAAACCAUUUGCCACAGAAGACAUCAAGGUCUUACUUUUGGAAAAUGUCAAUCAGACCGGGCGAGACAUUCUUACCAAGCAAGGAUAUCAAGUAGAGGUUCUCAAGUCAUCGCUCCCAGAGGAUCAGCUCAUUGAGAAAAUUCGUGAUGUACAUGUAAUCGGCAUUCGGUCAAAGACAAAGCUCACGGCUCGUGUGCUAAAGGAAGCCCGUAAUCUCAUUGUCGUGGGAUGCUUCUGUAUUGGUACAAACCAGGUCGACCUUCAGUACGCAGCGGAACAUGGAAUUGCUGUUUUCAAUUCUCCGUUCAGCAAUUCUCGCAGCGUUGCAGAAUUGGUUAUAGCGGAGAUCAUUGCUCUCGCUCGACAGCUUGGCGAUCGUUCCAACGAGAUGCACAGUGGUACCUGGAAUAAAGUCAGUAACAAAUGCUGGGAGAUCCGGGGGAAAACUCUAGGAAUAAUUGGUUACGGUCACAUCGGCGCCCAGUUAUCAGUCCUGGCAGAGGCAAUGGGCAUGUCCGUUGUCUUCUAUGAUGUUGUGAACCUGAUGGCAUUGGGUACCGCUCGCCAGGUGCCGACGUUGGAUGCUCUUCUCGCCGAGUCAGACUUUGUGACAUGCCAUGUACCUGAGCUUCCUGAGACGAAGAAUAUGAUUGGGCCGCAACAAUUUGAGCAGAUGAAGAAUGGGAGCUAUCUUAUCAACGCCAGCCGGGGUACUGUUGUUGAUAUCCCCGCAUUGAUCCAUGCCAUGCGUUCUGGAAAAGUCGCCGGUGCUGCUCUCGACGUCUAUCCAAACGAACCUGCUGGAAAUGGUGAUUAUUUCAACAAUGAGCUCAAUACCUGGGCAGCAGACCUACGGUCCCUCAAGAAUUUGAUUUUGACCCCUCAUAUUGGAGGAAGCACCGAGGAAGCACAAAGUGCGAUUGGUAUCGAAGUUGGACAGGCUUUGGUACGUUAUGUCAACGAGGGAACAACUUUGGGCGCUGUCAAUGUGCCAGAAGUGGCUCUCCGGUCGCUCACCAUGGAUGAGCCUAACCAUGCCCGAGUGAUCUAUAUCCAUCACAACAUUCCAGGAGUUCUGCGAACAGUGAACGAAGUCCUUGGCGACCAUAAUGUCGAUAAACAAAUGACUGAUAGCAGAGGUGAUGUGGCCUAUCUGAUGGCUGAUAUAAGUAGCGUCGACGCCACCACGAUCAAGGAUCUCUAUGAGCGUCUUGAAGGCCUCUCAUCUCGAAUUAUGACGAGAAUCUUGUAUUGAGCUUGCAGUGGAAGCAUUUAUUGCAGCUAUAUGCCAUCCGCUCAGUGCCUAAUGGUACCUGGCAGUCUGUUUCUUGCAAGCAGUCAUACCAGUUCAGUUCUUCCAUUUCUUCUAUGUGUUCUUAUUAAUUCAACAAGGUUAUGCAUUGGAUGGGAAAGGGGGCAAAAGCAAAUUGGAUGGUUGAUGCCAAUUAGAGAUCCCUCAACGGAAUAGAGGCUGUAUUUGCAUUUUGUAUGAAAGCAAUGAAUGCCAACUGAAAACCAGAAAUAAAAAUCCUCGUACCUAUGCUCUUACUAAAGAAGAAAGAAGAGCGAGAGCAAUGAAAGAUCUGAAUC